AUGGUUGAAGUUGAGGUGGCACUGGAGGCUAAUCCGAAAAGGUGUGGUUCAUAUGACAUGCCAAGUGGGACUGGGCGGACUGUUGUGGGUCAGCCCUUGGUGGGAGUGGGUGGGUCAAAGGAUUCGGGUCUGGUGGUUACGGAUUUUUCUCCAGACCUGUCAUCAAAACCCCCUGAAAUGACACCAUCUUGGAAUCUGAAGAUGGGUGUAGAACUCUUCGUUUUUAGGGUCUAUAUGAAAUACAAAGAGCUAUAUGGUUGGAAUGACAAAAAAGAGAUCCCAAAUGAAGGGCGUCUUCCUGAUGCAACCAAGGGUAACGACCAUUUGAGGGAAGUAUUUGUUGAAACCAUGGGUCUUGAAGACAUAGACAUUGUAACUCUAUCUGGUGGUCAUACUUUGGGAGGUGCACAUAAGGAAAGAUCUGGAUUUGAAGGACCAUGGACUUCAAAUCCUCUUAUCUUCGACAACAGCUACUUUAUAGAGCUUCUUGCUGGUGAGAAAAAAGGGCUUCUCAAGCUACCUACUGACAAGGCUCUUCUUGAAGACCCAAUAUUUCGACCCCUUGUUGAGAAAUAUGCUGUUGAUGAGGAUGCAUUCUUUGCUGAUUAUGCAGUCUCCCACAUGAAACUCUCCGAGUUGGGAUUUGCCAAGGCUUAAUCUCGCAUAAAAGGGGUCGAUGACCUGAUGAAAAACUACUACACAACCUAUUGUCUGGUACAACGGAAAUUUCAUUAAUAAUCUUUUGAUGUAUUAUAUAAUGUUCAUGUUGUGAAAUACUUGUUUUUACCACAA